GCGCAACUGGCACAGAUCGUGACGACAGCCCUGCGGCAAGGCAGGAGUGGCCUUCUCCUCCGCCAGGGUUAAGAACAAGACAGAACUAUCUCUGUUUCUGGCUCCACUGUCUGCCAGUGAAGGAGUUUUCAUUCAGACUUUCGGAAGAGAGGUGGAGAAACCUAAAGACUGAGGAGAAGAGAUCCUUUCAGCCAGAUGGGGCAUUAGUUCUUCUGCUUUUCUCAGCAUGGAUAAGCCCUUUCCUCAAGAUGAAGAAACAGGACCAGAACGGAGAUCAUUUGCCUACAGCCACACAGCAAAGUAGAGCUAGCAUUAGGACUAGAACUUAAAUUUCUUGUGUCAUGUAAAAGGAUUUGAGUUUUUUAAAAAAAUUCCUACUUCUUAAAUGAACAACCAGCUUCUUCUUAGACUUUUCCUCAGGAUUAGAAGUAUGUGAAUUCAUUUGGUAUUACAACUUUUCCCUGUAUCAUUCAUCACUAAAAGACCUAUAUCUUUUAAAAUUCAAGGUCUUAAAACUGCAAGACUCCCUGGUUUGAAAUAAACUGCUAUGAGUCUUAAUGAAACCAUUAAAGUAAUGAAUAGGACUAGGGUAGCAAAGUGACAAGUUAAGAGUUAAAUGUGGUGAGAACCUGGCAGCUCCAACAAGAUGUAUGCGGUAGGAGGGAGGCCCAGUCAGUGGCAGAGAGGAUUUUCUCAUGUGCCCUGAGAUCCAUGUAACUACAAGGGCUCCUCUUUAUCACCAUAAGUGCCACCCUGGCUUAAAACCACUCAGAGCUUAAAAAUCAAGGCAAAAUGGAUGCUGCGGUGACAGAUGAUUUUCAACAAAUUCUGCCUAUUGAACAGCUGCGCUCUACUCAUGCUAGCAAUGACUAUGUGGAACGGCCUCCAGCCCCCUGUAAACAGGCCCUCUCAAGCCCUUCCCUUAUUGUGCAAACCCACAAGUCUGAUUGGUCUCUGGCUACCAUGCCUACUUCUCUCCCCCGUAGUCUCAGCCAGUGCCAUCAACUGCAGCCCUUGCCUCAGCAUCUGAGCCAAUCUAGCAUUGCCAGCUCAAUGUCUCAUAGCACCACUGCCUCUGAUCAAAGGCUCUUGGCCAGCAUUACACCCUCACCUUCAGGCCAAUCCAUCAUCCGAACCCAGCCUGGAGCAGGGGUCCACCCAAAGGCUGAUGGUGCUCUGAAGGGAGAAGCUGAGCAAUCUGCAGGGCACCCUAGUGAGCACCUCUUCAUCUGUGAGGAGUGUGGGCGCUGCAAGUGUGUCCCCUGCACAGCAGCUCGCCCUCUCCCCUCCUGCUGGCUGUGCAACCAGCGUUGCCUUUGCUCUGCUGAGAGCCUCCUCGAUUAUGGCACUUGUCUCUGCUGUGUCAAGGGCCUCUUCUACCACUGCUCCACUGAUGAUGAAGACAACUGUGCUGAUGAGCCCUGCUCUUGUGGGCCUAGUUCUUGCUUCGUCCGCUGGGCAGCCAUGAGCCUCAUCUCCCUCUUCCUACCCUGCCUGUGCUGCUACCUGCCUACCCGUGGAUGCCUCCAUCUGUGCCAACGGGGCUACGAUAGCCUCCGGCGACCAGGCUGCCGCUGCAAGAGGCACACCAACACUGUGUGCAGAAAGAUCUCUUCUGGUAGUGCACCCUUCCCCAAGGCCCAGGAAAAGUCUGUAUGACCUUCCAGCAAGGUGGAUCCAGAGCUUUUCUCCUUCUAGCCCCCACCAGUAAUGCAUAGGCCUCAUCUUUGGAGAGGGAAGGAGUGACAAACUAGCCAAAGUUAGGGCCUCUCCUCUUUUGUUCCGGCAGUGUCAGGGGAAUGACCAAGUACAUCCUGGUGCAGGAUGCCUUGUUCUUUCUCACAGUAUCUAUCCCACUCCUCUUUAGUCUUUACACCCUGCCGGCUCAGCCCUUAUGGUUGUCAUGGCAAAUUCAGGUGAUAUAUGGGUAUGAGGUUUGAACACUGAGGACUGACAGGGCCAGCAACGUGGAGGUUUAGGGGCUCCCCAGUGUAAUACCUCUCGAUGCAGGCUCUGAUCGUCACUGUUUUCUGCUGUGCCUUUGGAAGCUUUCUUCUAAGAUGGUUUUCACAGGUACAUGUGGAACAGCGUUCAACCUUCCAGGGAAUAUGACCCCUUCUCCCUGUUACUGCCCUUCUUUAUUCCUCUCUCCUCUUUCAUUAUUCUGUUCUGUAUUCUUUUCACCUUCAUUCUCACCCUCUCUACUUUUACUUUUUCUCUUUCUUCCUCCCUUUCUCCUCCCUUCCUUCUUUUUCAGACUGAUCCUUUCUCUGCCUGUUUUUCUAUCUCAUUUGAUCUGUAUUUGUCUCUCUCUACCUUCCCUCUUUCUCUAACAUGUCCAAAAGUGCUGUUUUUCCAUAGAUGUUUCCUUAGACACCAAACUUUGCUAUGCUAUAGUAUUUACUAAUUUUUAUUAAGGGAAAUGGAUUACUGUAAUGAACUGAUCACUAGCAAUAGUCUGUAUCCCGAUGUGUGUGUGUGCUCACAAUCACUCUCACCUGUUUGUGAGCACAUGCGGCAAAGUUAUCUUAUAUUUCCAGGUUUAACUAGUUGGAGUUUUUCUCCCUUUCUCAAUAAUCAACUUAUAGUACUGACAGAUUCCACUAGCAUGCUGAGUAGGACAGUAAAUCAGGAUGCUCAUAACUUUGUAUGUCUGACCCAAGUGCCAAAGGCAGACGUGCUUUAUAGCUAAAUGAACAAAGCAAAGGAUACAGAGGUAUGUUCUCUCUUAGAAGCUAACUUCCCUGAGACUGCAUGGCUCAGGCGUUAAUAAUGGACAUAAAAAGUCAUAAAAUGUUAGAGCUGGAAGGAAUCUUAACUAUUAAUCUAGUUCAAUGCCCAUAUUUUACAGAUGGGAAAACUGAGGCCUGGAGAUAGGAAGGGACUUGCCCAAGGCCACACACUGAGUUAACAGCAGAAUUGGGACUGGAAUAUAGGCCAUCUGACUCCUAGUUCGGUAUUCUUACCCCUGUACCACAUUGAGUUAUGGGACUUUUUCCUAGGGCUCUAUUAACAGUGACAGAAAGCCAUUCCCAUUCAAUUACUUUUCAGAAACCAUGCCAAGUUAGUGUGGUGGUCUUUCUCCAGUGCAUGGUGGGUAGCUAAUUAACUAUCAGAUGUUGAGGCUGCCCCCAGUGGACAUCACCUUUGGCUCUGUCACCUUGUAGAAGCUCAAGUGUGGAAAAGAAAAGCUUAAAGAAGCCCUAACCAAGCUGUAUCUUCGCCAUUGCAUCUACUCUUUGCUGCACACACUGUGCUUGCUCCUGGCUUGUCUGCAAUGGCAGCUGCCUGAGAACUUAAAUUUCAGCAACAGUGAAAAACUGAGAUGAAAGAUGUAUAAUUCAGAGAACUGACUUCUCUCUUAAAAAAUACAGAGAGCCUGUGCUGUGAACCCCCUUCAAUGGGAAAAAGCUGCAGUGGUGAUGGCAGGCUCCUAAAGACUGCUGCUUAAAGACACAAGAAUUAUACAGUUUCCCUCUAUAAGUGAAUCCAGAAUUCACUGAGGAAUUCAGAGAUUGAGGGCACUUGCUUGAAAUCAAGGUGCUCCAACUUAGUUUAAGACCUCCAGACUCUAACUUUAUAGAUCAUCUCUUUUAGAGUGUGCAUGGAUGUGUGUUGCAGGGUGGAGAAGUGGGGACAAGUGUAUAGUCGUACACAGGGGAAGAGGAGACAUCCAUGUCCCUUUGUUGGAUACAUAUUACGGAAAUAUGUGCCGCUCAGUUUUUGUUGGUUCUGAAUCUUCCUGAAGUGUACUGACAUUUGGGCUACACAGAGCCCCACACCUUCACUUACACCUCCUCUUCUAGAAUUGCUUUGCUCUAUUUUUGUAUAUAUAAAUAUGUUAUGAUGAUUAUUAAUAAUGUUAAUGAUAUUGCUGCAAAUGGUGCCAUAUAUAAGGUUAGGCUUCUUGGAACAUUUAUAAACCCAAACCAAUACCUGUAACCUCUUAUGUUGCUUUCAGAUCUUCAAUUUUAAGUAACUUUUUAAUCUUACAAGUCUGCUUGAUUGUACUUUACACUUAUCUACCCCUAAAAGCUCUGCCCAGUUCUCUGGGUCAAGCUGGAUGGUGAUGAGUAGCAACCACACUUCUCUGCUUCUGCCUGAAAUGUGCUUAGAGCUCAGUUAUCUAAGGAUUCUCUGACACUAGUGCAUUGUUCCUGGAGCUAAAGUUAUUCUAUGGAUGUUUGCUUAUUCGUUUCAGGCCCCAAAAUAACAUGAGCCCCUCCUCCUUGAUAGCUCCUUGAUAUCCCAAUCUUGCAGUCCUAACUCAGGCAAAUUGUGCACUGCCAGAGGGGCCCUGGGUUCUGCCAUAUACCCAGAGGAGCCUUUCUCAGUGUGUUUCUAAAUGGCCUUACACUUGGUAGAAGAAAUUGAAGGGUUACUCAAAUACAGUUGCAAUCUGCAAUCUGCUGUUGAGUCAGGGCUUUCACUUGUGUCCAAGUUGGCCUGAUAUGGACUGCAUCUGGUUUACAUAUAGAUGGGUCCUGUUGGGGUAUGCGCAUGGACGUGUGAGUGAGUGUGCAUAUGUAUCCCUUCUGUGAUUUUAUAUAUAUAUAUAUAUAUAUAUAUGUAAAUAUAUAUUCACACAUCUCUAUAUAUUUUAAUGUAUUGCACAUGUAUAUUUAAAAUAUAUACGAAAGAACUCUAAAUCCUGCAGGGAGGCUCUGUUUUCAUUAUUUUUCUACUUUGUGUCAUGUCCUGUAUAAACAGGAAUAUUUAGAGGGUGUUUCCUGCUUAGCAUUUUUUUGCAGUUAAAUCAUCUGUUAGUCCCUAACUCUAUUGCUUUCCACGUAUUGGUUCCUUGAUACAUUUCAUAUGGCAUCAGCCAAGAGUUUUCCUGUGGUUCCAGCCCAUCUUCCCUAAUCACAAUUACAAUAAUAAAUAUAGUGAACACUUACAUAGUGUUUACUAUAUGCUAAGCGCUAUUUUUAGCAUAUUAUUUAUAUUAGCUCAUUCAUUCCUCACAAUUCUACAACAUAGGUAUAAUUCCAAUCUCUAUUUUACAGAUGAGAAAACUGAAGCACAGAGAGGUUAAGUGACUUGCCAAAGGUGACAAUUGUAAACGGUAGAGCUAAGAUUUGAACAUAGGGUGUCUGACUCCCAGGUCCAUGCUCCAGAAUCAGAUAUAGAAGGCUGGAGCACAAUGUAAACCAUUCUGGAGUAACAAACCUCAAGUGGUGAAUAAUUCUUUACCUAACUCUGGUCCACCUGCAACCUAGGAGUUAAAAUAAGUAUGCUGCUAUGUUAAGGGUAAAGCAACAGUUACAGGCAUUAUGUAUUAGCUGUCUUGCUCCCAAAAUGGUGGCAUUACAAAUUUUUCCAGUAUUCACUUUGAAAACAUGCUUGCAGCCAGUUACCAUUUCUUAGCUUAUGACGUAGAGCUAUUAAGGGAGUAGUUUCACUUGUGCCAAAGAGGGUAAGAGUUUAUUAGUCUUAUCUUUAUUGGCCAGGGAAAACUAAUUCAAUUUUUUUCUGAACAAAGUAGAACUGAGACUGUUUUUGGAGCUUAAGAUUUGCUACAGCUGUUAACACUCAAACUUAUUGAUUAUAUUGAGAGCAGUCUUCUGAGUCAAAUGACCACUGAUCCAUAUAACACCUUUUACCGACAGCUCCUUCACACUGAAUCCUUUAACUUUGCCAAAGGACCUUUAAAUAACAUCUAGUCCAAUGUCAACAUUUUAUAGGUGGAGAAAGGGAUGCACAGAGAGGGAAAAUAACCUGUCCAAAGUCACACAGUUCUGAAAAUUGAGUGGAAUUAUGACUUUAUGCCAGAGUUCCUAAUUUCCAGGUAUCUUAGCCUCGGUUUCUUAGAAAAUAGAAUUUGAAGCAAAAGCUAUGUACAAUCCAGGAUAGUAUGAGUAAGGAAAGGGCUAAUAAGGGAGAGAAGAAAGAAGAACAAAUAAAAAGUAUGUCACUGAGUUGGCCACAAUCUGUUCCUUGGCAAGCUUUUUUUAUGACAGAAUUUCACAAUUUUUUAUGACAGACCAUGUGAAACUACUACAUCUCCAUACAGCCCACCUGGCGGAGGAAAGGAGGUGAAUUCAUCUGCUAGCUCUCAUCUCAUUAGUCAAAUUCUUCCCCAUGUGAUAUUAACCCUUCUACACUUUUGGGUAGUGCGUGGUGGCACUUAAGUAUGUACCUUGGCAUUUCAUGCUUCAGCAGUAAUGGGAAGGAUUGUAGCUCCACUACAAACAGUAAGGCAAGUAUAUGAAUAUAGGGAGAUUAAAUUUAAAGUGAUAAACUAGGGUGGUGCUUUUACCUUAUGUCUUUAAUCACAUUCCUUCAAAGUAAGUUAGAGAUAACCUACCACCUUUAAAGUAAAUAAGGCUUUAUUGUGGCUCUUAGAACUGCACUAUGUUUGCCUUCCUGACCCUGUUUAUUCCCUAGCUUGCUUUAAAGGGCUUCUUUUUUAUAUGGAAAUUAAUUCCCCGUUCAAUUAAAGGAGUAACAAACUCUCAAAAUAUCUUUCUUCUUAAUAUAAAAAGGAAUUUCAUAUUAUUGAACUCCUCAAAAAGCAUGUCUAAGUGAAAAUAUGUAUGUGAAUGCACAUAUGUUCUUUUAGGUUCCAUGAGCAUAAUAGCAGGAAAACUGGUCAAGUCAAUAAAUGCUGGGGAAAAAAAUGGCUAAACAAGGUAUUCUGUAACAUGAAAAUAAAGCAAUGAGUUGGUUGACUGGCUUUUUAAAAAAUAUUUCAGCCACUAAUGACAUGACACAGACACAUUCUAAGAAUUAUACUAGCUUUUAUUCACAUAUAUAAUAGUUCCCUGUGUCCUAUAGAUCAUUGUCACAUAAAGCAAAAGCAUUAGUGCCCCAUUUGGACCUUUGGCCUAAGGUUUGAUAAGAUUUUGUAGAACUGAAAUUCUUGGUCCCUUUAUCCUAGUUUAGGCCCAUAUCCUCAUUUUGACCCUCAAAGAUAAGAUCAUAACACUACCAGUGUUGUUGCUAUUAAAGGCCAGGAUGGACAAGAUAAGAAAAGGCAUUUUGGGAACGACACUGACUAUUGCUAGGAAUCUUGCUGUCAUUACAAUCCAAGUUAUAUAUGUUUGCUCCCACAUGUAUUUGUUGGCCCAUCUCCUGAAAAAGAAGACAGUAAUUCUAACUCACACAUUGUCAUUCCCAAACUAACCUUUUGACCAUUCCAGGUAAUAGUCAUGUCUCUGAUGGUAAAAGACAGAGAUGUCAAGGCUCUGGAAGCUCCCAGGUCCUUGAAGAACUAACUAAACUGCUGAAAACAGAAGUGGUAAUGUAGGCAAAUACCCUGGCUUUAUUAAUAUAAGGCUUUAACAUCAAGUCACAGGCAUGUUCUCUUACUGUAACAAGAUGGGGCUGACCAUUUGUGAACCCUGAAGAGUCAUUUUGAACCGAACCUAUGUCCUAAGGCCUAAAAUACUUUGAUCCUCAUCUUCAAAGUCUUACCACUCUAAUAACAAAAAGAAACACUACAAAGAAACUGCAAGGAAAGGGACACUCAUUUUUUUAAUGUCUACCAAUUAUUUAGUUAUUCAUAUAUGCAUUUCUUUAUAUAGAAAAAUAUAUGAAGUUUCCAAAAGACUCUGAUAUUCAGCUUUAUAGUCUUGGAUAGAAAAUCAUGUGUCCUUGGUUGGGGAUUCACACACCAAGGCUUAACAGAAUUAGUUUGGGAAAUACUCAUUUUUAUACCAGAGAUUAGUUGGCUUAAACAACUUUACUCUGUGAAUAUUUUUCUUAAUGAUCCCCUUCCAAUGGAGGUGAAGGCCUCCCAAGUAGGUGAAGGCCCCAGGCCUUUCUUAAUACAUAAACCAUAUUGAAAGAAAGAAAGAAAGAAAAAACUAAUGGGAAGUAAUAGUAAAUGUAGAUCCAGAAAGAAAAACAAAGGUUAAGAAAAUGAGAUAUGUGAAAGAAAAAAGCUCUGUAAUCAGUGUGUUUCUCUCACCUAAAACACUAUUUACUAACUACUUGGUUCAGUUGUACCCUUGAAUUCCAUUUUGUCUUUGACUUAUAUCAACACUCCUCUUUUCCAAACUCCUAUAGCUCUUCAUCUGGAAUGAUUCUAUAGGGUGGAAGGGAGGAGAAAGGGAGAGAGCGGGAGAAAGAAAGAGAGAGAGAGAGAGAGAUGGGUGGAGACUCGGCCUGUCUCCUACAGGUUCAAAGUUAGAAUAUGCCACUAACACUAUGUGCCUUUCAAACUCCCUUCUAGGACAUGCUCUGUAGUACUUAGAUCUUAUAUUAAAUGACAAGGUUUCUCUCCUUCAGAGAGAAAUACCAGACUGGGUUUGUGGUUUUCCCUGGAUUGGUUUUUUCUGAGUCAAAGUGGUGUUGUAGAAAUCACAUUACCCUGAGACCAAUUAAAUCAGAAUCUUUGGGGGUGUUGAGAAAUGGAUUUUUAAAGUUCCCAGAUGAUUAUAAUAUGCAAACAGAUUUGAGAAAAUCCACUCAUCACUUUAUUCUAUAAACGCAGAUAGUGAGGCUGAGAGAGGGAAAGUGACUUACUUAUAACCACGCAGUGAGUUAGUGACGAAGUCAGGAUAAGAAUCCAGGUCUGCAGACUCCUAGGCCAGAAUUCUUGUCUUUAUGCUAUACUGCUUCUAACUCUACCGUAUUCCUCCUCUGAGCCUUUGCUUUUCUCAUCUGUAAAAUGAAGAUAAUAAAGCCUAGAGAGUGUAUGAGAAUCAUUAAAGCAGAAGCAUUUUUCUUAAUGUACAAGGUUCUAUACAAAUGCAAGGGAAUUAAUGUAUAACAUAUAUGUGGGGCUGAGUCUCUAAAACAACAUAAUAAAAGUUGUUUUUAUUUUAGUCAAUCAUUUCGGUAUUAUGUCUACCUGAUAGCAUAUAACAAGAUUGAACACUUGUGUAGGUUGUAUGUGCCUUUAAACUGAACUUGGCCUCAGUGACAAUCAAAAUUAGCAGUUGAAGAAAGAGGUCAUACAUUUUUCUCUUGCCCUUGCUGGAAUAGGGAUCAAGAGGAAUAUAAAAGCAAUGGAAUACCUGGAUUUCUUAUAUGCAGUCAAUCACAACAUGGCCUUAGUGCUGAACUAGCCCAGGGUUUCUAUGGAAUUUGUAGAUCCCAUUCCUGAGGCUGGUCCUGGUUGAAGGAUGUCUCUUUUGAAAGGCAGUACCCAUGGAAAGCCAAGGGGGAGGGUUGCCCACUAGGAGGAGCUUCUUUAGUAGAAACCAGAAUGGAGGAAAGGGGCUUUCUGACUUGGCGCAUCCGAAGAAAUAGAUUAUUUGAGGAUCUAGUACUCCCAGAAUAAUCUGUAACCAUAAGAAACACAUUUCCUGAACUCCAGAGCCCCAGAACAGGGUAUCCAUAUCCAAUUCCAUCCUAUCCAUCCUGGAUAUUAUGAAUUUCCAGAGAGGGCCACUUCUACUCCCCUAGGAGUCAUACAUCUGGCUACUUGUUUAUUUGUUAAAAAUAAAAUUCUAUGCCAUUUAUAAAA